AUGUUAAAUUAUGAAUAUGGUUUUCUGGAUUUACAAUUACAGGACGAAGCUGGUGGUGAUAUCUCAAGUUUUAUUACCAACGGUGAAUGGGAUCUCUUGGGUGUACCCGGUAAACGAAAUGAAAUCUACUAUAAUUGCUGCCCAGAACCUUAUAUUGACAUAACAUUCGCCAUUUUGAUACGACGUAAAACUUUGUACUAUUUUUUCAAUUUAAUUGUGCCCUGUGUACUGAUCGCCUCUAUGGCACUCUUAGGUUUUACACUGCCACCAGAUUCUGGUGAAAAAUUAUCGCUGGGAGUAACGAUUUUACUAUCACUUACUGUGUUCCUUAAUAUGGUGGCCGAGACAAUGCCGGCUACAUCAGAUGCGGUGCCACUAUUGGGAACUUAUUUCAAUUGCAUUAUGUUUAUGGUGGCUUCAUCAGUUGUGUCAACCAUACUUAUCCUCAAUUAUCAUCAUAGAAAUCCAGAUACGCAUGAAAUGAGUGAAUGGAUAAGAGUAAUAUUCCUUUAUUGGUUACCUUGCAUUUUGCGCAUGCAAAGACCGGGACAGGUUGGCUAUGAAUGCCCACCGCCACCAUCAUCGUCGUCGACAUCCUCCAACAAUGGCGACAAGAAGCAACACAUACAGAAUGUUGAAUUGAAGGAAAGAUCUUCCAAGUCGUUGUUAGCCAAUGUUUUGGAUAUCGAUGAUGACUUCCGUUGCAAUCAUCGCUGUGCCAGUGCCACAUUGCCGCAUCAGCCGACAUAUUAUCGCACCAUGUACAGACAAGGUGACGAUGGUAGUGUUGGCCCCGUUGGUCCUGUUGGCGACACACGAAUGCAUGAAGCCAUAUCACACACCUGUCUAAGUUCAUCAGCUGAAUAUGAAUUGGCUUUAAUAUUGAAAGAGUUAAGAUGGAUAACUGAUCAGUUGAAAAAAGAAGAUGAAACCGGUGAUGUAACCAGAGAUUGGAAAUUUGCUGCCAUGGUAGUGGAUCGUUUGUGCCUUAUUGUGUUUACGUUAUUUACCAUAAUAGCCACAUUGGCUGUAUUGUUUUCAGCGCCCCAUUUUAUU